CGCGACUCCGACGCGCUGCAGCUCCGCGUCCGUGUUUUCACUCUCCGGUGCUCCUCGCUUCAAGACAACAAACGUCUCUUUGUCUCCUCCUUGCCAAGCUUUGUGUUCAUUCAUCCCUCUCUCUUCUCUCAGUUCCUCUCAUGUCGCCGUUAAGGCGCUGGAUACGGGGCGAUUUGUGAUCGACCAAGCAGCAGCUCGAUGAAUAUGGCGUGUAUUGGGGACGCAGACCCUUUCACCGCUGCGAUACCUGCCACCAAAGUUGAACUAACGGUUUCUUGUAGAAAUCUCCUGGACAGAGACACGUUCUCCAAGUCUGAUCCAAUUUGUGUGCUCUACACUCAAGGAAUAGCCAACAGGGAAUGGAGAGAGUUUGGCAGGACAGAAGUCAUAGACAACACCCUCAACCCUGACUUUGUUCGCAAAUUCAUCCUGGACUACUUCUUUGAGGAGAGGCAGAAUCUACGCUUUGACCUGUACGAUUUAGACUGCAAGAGCGACAACCUCUCUAAACACGACUUCCUGGGCCAGGCUUUCUGUACACUGGGUGAAAUAGUCGGCUCUCUGGGAAGCCGCUUGGAAAAACCUUUGAUUGGGAUCCCAGGGAAGAAAUGUGGCACCAUUAUAGUGAGAGCAGAAGAGCUGAGCAACUGCAGGGAGUCGGUGAUGCUGCAGUUCUGUGGCAACAAGCUGGAUAAGAAAGACUUCUUUGGAAAAUCUGAUCCUUUCCUCGUCUUUUACCGCAGUAAUGAAGACGGAUCGUACACCAUCUGCCACAAAACAGAAGUGGUGAAGAAUACUCUGGACCCUGUGUGGCAGGCUUUUAAAAUUCCUGUCAGGGCGCUGUGUAACGGAGACUAUGACAGGAGCAUAAAGGUGGAGGUGUACGACUGGGACCGAGAUGGAGGCCACGACUUCAUCGGCGAGUUCAGCACCAGCUACAGAGAAAUGUCCAGAAGCCAGUCACAGUUCCACGUCUAUGAGGUGCUAAAUCCAAAGAAAAAAGGAAAGAAGAAGAAAAAGUACCAAAACUCAGGAACGGUCACUCUUCUGUCCUGCCUGGUGGACACUGAACUCUCAUUCCUGGACUACAUUAGAGGCGGGACUCAGAUUAAUUUCACAGUGGCAAUUGAUUUCACAGCAUCAAAUGGCAACCCGUCCCAGCCCACCUCGCUCCAUUACAUGAGCCCGUACCAGCUGAACGACUACGCCAUGGCGCUGCGGGCUGUCGGAGAAAUCAUCCAGGACUACGACAGCGACAAGAUGUUUCCUGCACUUGGCUUUGGUGCCAAGCUUCCCCCAGACGGACGGGUCUCUCAUGAGUUUGCUCUGAACGGUAAUCCACAGAACCCCUACUGCAACGGCAUUGAGGGGGUGAUGGAGGCCUAUUACCAGAGUCUCAAAUCUGUGCGUCUCUACGGACCCACCCACUUCUCCCCCGUUAUUAACCAUGUGGCCAGGUAUGCGUCAGCGGUGACAGACGGAUCACAGUACUUCAUCCUCCUCAUCAUCUCCGACGGCGUGAUCACAGACAUGGCGCAGACCAAGGAGUCUAUAGUCAAUGCCGCAUCUCUGCCCAUGUCAAUUAUAAUAGUUGGGGUUGGACCAGCAGAAUUUGAUGAAAUGAUCGAGCUGGACGGAGACGAGGAGAGGAUCUCAUCCCAAGGACGAUACGCAGAGAGGGACAUUGUUCAGUUUGUUCCUUUCAGAGACUACAUCGACCGGCGAGGAAACCACAUCCUCAGCAUGGCUCGUCUGGCUAAAGAAGUGCUUGCUGAAAUCCCCGACCAGUUCCUGUCCUUCAUGAGGACCAGAGGCAUCAAACCUGGGCCCUUGCCACCUCCUUACACCCCCUGCCCACCACCAGCCAUCCACCCCCUUCUCGCCAGACGGGUAAGCCGAAUUUAAAGGCAGAGGCCCUCGCUCCAACGCCGGCCAGCCAACCCUUCUGGCCUUUACUCUCUUCUUCUCUGCCUCUUAUUCUUCCUGCUCUUCACUGGAGGCUUUGAGCUCAUGGCAAACCUCGCCUGCUCUCUCAUGUUGCACUUACGGGAACGUUUGGCCGUGAUCGGUGACGCGGAUAAGCCCGAGUGGGAAGCUUCCGCUUUUUAGAAGAAGGGACUUUUCCCUUACUGGACAAAGGUGGGGCUUUUGAUGGGUUGUGAUGGGGGGUCAGAGAUCACCUUACUGCACCAGAAAGAGUGAACAGGACAGAAACUGACCAGUCGCAGCUGAAAGGGUUCCAAACUGUGGAGGCCCUUUUUCGAAACACUGUUCAUGUUUCUGUUUGUGAUUUCUAUUUCCACUUCCUCUGUCGUUCACAAAAUCAUGUCUUUCUCUGAUAUAUACAUGUUUACAAACUUGAGGACUGGAGGGGAGAAAUUUUUUCAGAAGGGAAUUUAUACCGACUAAUGUGAAAACCUUUCAGAUUCCUAUUUUUCAGCUGCAGAAACUGGAGGUUGUGGAUUUGUACAAAAACAUUUAGGCCUUGGUGCCACAUUCUUCAUUACAGAGUGUGUUUUUUUUAAAUAAAUGGAGCAUGUGCUAGUUUAAGAGAAGCAUGCACUGUUGUCCUGCACUCAGGGCUUUGUCCCUCCUACACAAACCCCCCCCACCACCACUUCACCGCCGCCACCACUGCCAUGUUUCAUUAAGAACAAACCCAUCAUCCGCCUGAAAUCUUCCCACGCUCCUACCUUCUGCUCCGUCCACCUGCCUUGACUCAAAAGGAAGCUGUGCUUCCUGGGAGUCUGGUUAAAUCAAAUGCAGCAGGGACUUGAACCAGCCUUACUCUUUUGUCAGAUAACAUUAACAGGUACAGUUUCGUCCAUGGGCUCUGGAAAUGUGGAUCUCCAAGCCCAGGUGUCAAAAACACACAUCUCACUACCGAACCUGACUGUGUGUUACAUUUUAAAGUCUCUUUUCAUGGAAUAACAUUGUGCUUUAGAAGCAUUUUUCUUUUGUUUUACGUCUCUCUACCUCUCACUUUGUUUAGUAUUGCCAAAAAAAAAAAAAAAAGUUGAUUAAAUAACAAAGUGUUGGUGUGUCAGUGAUUUUUGAUAAGUCUGUGGAGUUCACAUUUUUACCUUUCUCACUAAAGUUACACUAAAUAUUUGCCAAACUGUGGGCUGAGAAUUACAGCACUUUGGUUGCUAUCAGAUCAGGGGACUCACACCUUUGUGGUGGCAACACACUGUUAAUAAAUGCACAGAAAUCAGUUCACCAACACGCCAAGAUGGACACAUGCUUUUCUUUUAACAACCACCCAUAUGGAUCAAAUUAAUGACUGUGAGGACAGGUUGUAGUUUCAUGUUGUCAAACAUUGUAACUAAAAGUUGAUGCCUGUAAAAAUCAGAAAGGUUUAGUAGCAUGUAGCUUAUCAUCUCCUUAAGGGAAAACUCUACAGAAAACCUGUGUUGUCAGUAUCAAACACGCAGCACCUGAGGGUUUGGAAGGUGGCUCUGAAUUCUUUGUAGUUCAGUAGCUUAGAACGAGGAUGGCAGCAGCUGUUCUUCAUUCACAACAGUUACAAUAGACUCCAGUGGAAAUCUCCCUGUUUCCACAUUGGCUCUUUUUGUUGCAAUUCAAUUCAAAUUCUCUAAGUGUUGUGCUCAUUGACAGCUCAACAGAGUUUUGUAAGUGGGUGAUGAAGCAGUUAUCAAUCAUGCAAUAUUAAAAAUGGAAAAAUAUCCUUGUAUCCUCAUUUAUGAACAAGGUUUAUUAAAACAAGUGCUUGGAGACAGAGCGUGAGGGUCUGUGUCUCAGCUGUUUCUGCUGAGUUAAAGUGCGAAAACAGCAGCAAGAUCAGUGAAGCAGCAGAAGACAGAACGCUUGCGAGCAAGAAUUGAAACUUUGUCUCAUAGUGGGAUUAAAAACAGGGACGUCCCAAAGAAAUCAUAAAAUGGAACACGUGCAUGUUUUAUUCAAAGCAGCUGGUUGUUAAUUUGGCUUGUGGCAUGACUAAAUUUAAUGGCACUGAAAACCAACAUUCGCAAACAACUUGUCACUGCAAUGAGGUCCUACCUGAACACAAAGCUUCAAAACUUAUUACAUUUGAAUUAAAAUUGUUGUAACUGGUCUGGAUCCAAGCUGACCACAGCUGCUGCCCUCUGCAGAGGAGCAAGCUACACAGUUUUCAGAGCUUUUCUUCUGAGGGUUCGAUCUUUAAAGCCUCAGUUUUCAGUUUCCAGUGGAGUUUUCCUUUAAAAGUAGGAAAACACCCAAAUCCAAAACAGGUAACUGCACUGUCACUUUUAGCCGCGUUACAGGGUGAAACUCAAAUGCAACCCUGCAGUUUUGCCCAGCAAUGUGUACAUGAAAAAGUUUAAUGUGACUUAAAGCAAAGCACAAUUCAUUUCCUAUCAGGCUACAGCCAUUACCACUACCCCAUUUCAACUCAUGUCAGUGUGUGAGGAACAGUGUUUGUACGUUUUACUCUGUAUCUGUGUAAUACAAACCGUAGCGCUCAUCAGAACUUUUUUCGGGCCCUAUUCAGUCAAGGAAUCGAUGUUAAAGACAGUUUACAACAUUUUUCUAAACGCACGCCUCAGAAUCAUCAGAUACUUGCUUAAUUCAAAUGUCUACUUAAAAACUGCUUGUGAAACAUUUUCUUAGACAUUUAUAUGCUGUACAAAAUUUUGCCUUUUUUGAGUAAUGGUCAGUAUACUGUAUGUGUAAUGCUGCUUCUUUACUGCUGAUGUUAGUAUUACAUUUUAUACUGAGGCCUGUAAUCAUAUUUAAAUCAUGACUAACAGGCCUUAUUCAUGUUUAUACAUAAGUUAUUCAUAUUUAAAUCAUGAACGACAGGCCUGUAUUUUUUUAUGAGUGAAUGGUCAGAUAACAAUGUAUCUUUCAUGUGUGCAAGAUGUUUAAAGGUAGACCUGGUGAUCAAGUUGACUCAGUAGCAACAUUUGUCUGCCAAAUUCGACAUAUUGUUAAGUGUAGCAUGUCUUUGUUGGCUGAGACUCAUCCCAGAAAAGCUGGUUAUUCAAUUUGACUGAAUAGGGUCCCUCAACGUGGGUCUGAUAGAUUUUGUACUCUUCUGUAUUGUUGUGUCAUGGCGGGGAUGACGAAUUGCACAAUGUAGCACUGGUCUCAAGUCUGGUGUCAGACUGGAGCAACACCAGACUGAACCAAAUCAGACCAGAUCAGGCAGGAACAGUCUUUUUAUAUGUUUGUGUAAAUAUAUAUUCUGUAUAAACUGUAAUCUGUUUUCUGGAGAGCUGACUUGCAGCAAACUGCCAGGACUCUGUGACUCUCCUCCUGAAACACAAGGCAGGGCCUUUCAUUUAUUUAUCACAACAAGAUGUCAACUUCAUCUCACACCCACACUCUCGUAUAUACUGUACAUCCAGUACAUGUAUUUGUAUAUGAAACAUGCAUGACACUUACAUAACAAGGUGAGGGUUGAGUGAAGAUUAAGGGUUUUCUUGCUUGUUUUCUCAGAGAAACAGUGGUUUCAGAGAUAAAGUGACUUGGUAUUUAUAUUCACAUCAGUAAAAUCAGGGUUUCUCAACGUUUUGUGUCCUGUGACCACAUUUUAUGUCCCAGAUGCCAAGCUGUUUGGACGCACUUGAAACUUGGAUAAUAUACAUGUAGGGAAAGGAAAGACCCCUCUGCCAAGGUGUCUAAAUUUGUAAUUUGUUUGAUCAUAGAGAAUCUUUUGAAAAUUUUUAUUGGCAAUUGGAUAUAGAUGUUCAUCAAAAAACACAUAGUGAUAGACAAUCAUAAUAUACCUGGGCCAGAUUACAGACAUGGUCUGUUUUCUUUUCUUUUCUUCUUGUAACUCCAUAAACUAUUGUUUGUUAAUAAUGCUCUCCUUCGUCAUGGAAGUAAUGAAGGAGCUAUUUGUAAGUUUUGCUAUCCUUACAUAGCUAACAUUAGCAUUAGCAGUUGUUUACUUACCAGUCCAGAAGAAACAUUGUGAGUUCAGCAUCAAACUUCAUCCAUUCACUCACCAACAGCUGUCAGCAGAGGUGGAAAGCAACGCCAGAGUUAACUCUUGUCUCUAUCACGUCUUGCCUUCUACUGAAGUUAGCAUGCUAACCAGCUAGCGCCGGCCCGUCUCCUCACUUUCGAUAGCGACUCUCUGUAGCCUCCAACCUUCCCUGAAGACAUAGCGCUGCUCAGAUGGUUUAUUAUAACCUGUUGUCUUGUAAACGCAUCGAUGGCUGAAUCGCUUGUCAUCACCGCCACCUGCGCCCAGCAAGAAACCUCAUGUGGCAGCAGAGAAACCUUACAAAUAGCCUUACAACUGUAGGUUGUAAACUAGUUAGUUGGACUUGCUAAUGAUCGCAGCGCCGAUAAACCCACCAUUUACAAUUUUUCUACACUUUUGCUUAUAUUCUUUGCUCUCGAAAGGCAGGACAAAAAGACACCACCGUCCAAAAUCUUUGAAUGCCCAGUAUCGCUGUUACAAUAGCCACAGGCUCACAGCUUCAACAUGUGAUGACAGAUGCUAUUUUAAAUCAUUUUAAACAGUUACAAAUAUUUCAGCCAACAACCCUGUCUUAAUAUCAAGAAACACUAUGAGGGGUUGAGAAAGUCUUUGCGGAUGACUGCAAAGCUACAUCUUACUACAUGACUAUCAUAUUACACUGUGGAGUACACAGUAGGUCUGAAAGCAUCUCAUCUUUGGCGUGCAUGGAAUUGCCCUCAGGAAGAAGAAGCUGUUUGUAUAGAAACCCAGUGGAGGUGGAAGGAUUCACAUAUACCAUUGGGUUUGUCACAUGUGGCUGUGAUGUGUGAAAUCACUGUUCCUCUGAGGCUGAGUCAGUGUAGGAGUAACAAUCAUAAGCAUUUAUUGUAUAGGAGACAAGGGGAAAAGAAAAAAAAAAAAAAAAAAAACCCUGCGCUACUGCUGGACAAACAAGCUUUAAUGACGUCGGCUUACACCUCGCUGCCUCCCACCACUCAUCGUUGCACCCAUGUCACUCUGCCAAGGCGGCGCCAUGUCAGCAUGCCAGGCCAUAUGAACGCCCAUGUAAUCUUCACACGUAUAACAUGGAAGUUGUUUACUGUACCUUAUAAUAUUAACAAAGUGGUUUAAUUGAAUGCUCGUGAUGAAUCUCCUGUUUUAUCCCAAUGUUUUUUAAUAGCAUGCAUUGAGUGUGCAUGUCUAGGUCUUUUCUAACAGAGAUGCACCAGUGGCUUUUAAAAAAAAUUGUAAUAUGACAUCUUUGCGAGUUAUUUCAGAGUAUUUUAGAAAACUUUUUUGCCUUAAAAAUCUCACUGAUCAAUCUUGGAAUUGUGCAAUGCCUUCAGAUGUUUCUUUUGAAGACUGAUUCUGUUUUGUUUUUCUUUGGGGGUUUUUUUUUUUUGGUGCAUCGAUGCACAGCCACUCCUCUGUCAGACUCAUCUCAGCAUUGUUGUCUCAGACCCAGUGGUUGAAGUGAUGUGAAUAAGAGGGAGGAUGAUCUGAACAGAAAGAAACUGGGCUGUCUCGCUCUCAGCAAAGAGACAGAAUCUUUCAGCUGAGAACAACGUCGUCCAGCCUCUUACAGCCAUGUUUACAGUCAUAUUUUUUUAUCAAAACCCAUAUCAUUAACCCAGUUGUUAUUUUUUCAUCAACCCUCAUUUUGAAUCUCAAAAGAGUGAUUCAUGGCUUUUGCAUGAUACUUGUAAUUACACUAAAAGACCAAUUGAAAAUGAAAGUUGUCCAUUGAUACAUAUAUUCAGUUCUUGGGGUUAGUGAUAUUACAAGACAGCACAGGUUUUACUGUUCCAAUUGGAAAAAUGGAAGCCACAAAAGAUUGAUUUCAAACAACUAUUUCUGUAAGAAUUGAAGUCUUUAAAUAAAUAUUCAUAUCAAACUGUUCUUGUUCUUUAUU